AUAUGCCUCUUCAUGUCCGCCGGAGCAGUGACCCAGCAUUAACUGGCCUCUCCACGUCGGUCAGUGAGAAUAACUUUUCAUCUGAGGAGCCCUCCAGAAAAAACCCCACCCGUUGGUCCACGACAGCCGGCUUCCUCAAGCAGAACACCACUGGAAGUCCCAAGGCCUGCAAUAGGAAGAAAGAUGAAAACUACAGGAGCCUCCCAAGGGAUCCUGGUGGCUGGUCCAACCAGUUCCAGAGAGACAACACCCGCUCCUCUCUGAGUGCCACCCACCCAAUGGUGGACCGGUGGCUGGAAAAGCAAGAUCAGGAUGAGGAUGGGGCAGAAGAAGACAACAGCCGGGUGGAGCCAGUUGGACACGCUGAUACUGGUGUGGAGAAUAUGCCCCACUUUUCUCUAGAUGAUAUGGUAAAGCUCGUACAAGUCCCCAACGAUGGCGGGCCUCUGGGAAUCCAUGUAGUGCCUUUCAGUGCUCGAGGCGGCAGAACCCUGGGGUUAUUAGUAAAACGAUUGGAGAAAGGUGGUAAAGCUGAGCAAGAAAAUCUUUUCCAUGAGAAUGAUUGCAUUGUAAGGAUUAAUGAUGGCGACCUUCGAAACAGAAGAUUUGAGCAAGCACAGCAUAUGUUCCGCCAAGCCAUGCGUACUCCCAUCAUUUGGUUCCACGUGGUCCCUGCAGCAAAUAAAGAGCAGUAUGAACAACUUUCCCAAAUCGAGAAGAACAACUACUCCUCCAGCCGCUUCAGCCCUGACAGCCACUACCUGGACAACAGGAGUAUGGCCAGCACUGGGCCUCAUGCACUGCCUAGAGCACCCAGACUGAACCAUCCAGCAGAGCAACUGGACAUUCACCCCCGACUACCUCAUAGCACUCACCCCUCCACCAAGCCCCCCACGGCCCCAGCUCUCGCUCCGCAGAAUGUACUCAGUACUAGUGUGGGCAGUGCGUACAAUACCAAAAAAGUAGGCAAGAGACUCAACAUUCAGCUUAAAAAAGGUACAGAAGGCCUUGGGUUCAGCAUCACUUCCCGAGAUGUGACCAUUGGUGGUUCAGCUCCCAUUUAUGUGAAAAACAUCCUCCCACGUGGUGCUGCCAUUCAGGAUGGCAGGCUCAAGGCAGGGGACCGGCUCAUAGAGGUCAAUGGAGUAGAUUUAGCAGGCAAGUCCCAGGAAGAAGUUGUUUCCCUGUUAAGAAGCACCAAAAUGGAGGGGACCGUAAGCCUUCUGGUCAUUCGCCAGGAAGACGCCUUCCACCCAAGGGAACUGAAUGCAGAGCCAAGCCAGAUGCAGAUUCCAAAAGAAACGAAAGCCGAAGAUGAUGACAUUGUUCUCACACCAGAUGGCACCCGGGAGUUUCUGACUUUUGAAGUUCCACUCAAUGACUCUGGAUCUGCAGGGCUUGGUGUCAGUGUCAAAGGGAACCGGUCCAAAGAGAAUCAUGCGGAUUUGGGAAUCUUUGUUAAGUCCAUUAUUAAUGGCGGAGCUGCAUCCAAAGAUGGAAGGCUGCGGGUGAAUGACCAGCUGAUAGCUGUUAAUGGGGAGUCUCUGCUGGGCAAAGCCAACCAGGAAGCCAUGGAGACCCUGCGGCGGUCCAUGUCCACUGAGGGCAACAAGCGUGGUAUGAUCCAGCUCAUUGUGGCCAGGCGGAUCAGCAAGUGCAAUGAGCUGAGGUCACCUGGGAGCCCUGCUGGACCUGAGCUACCCAUUGAAACAGUGUUGGAUGACCGAGAGCGGAGGAUCUCCCAUUCUCUCUACAGUGGGAUAGAGGGGCUGGAUGAGUCGCCCACAAGGAAUGCUGCACUCAGCAGGAUAAUGGGUGAGUCAGGUAAAUGCCAGCUGUCCCCCACAGUGAAUAUGCCACAUGAUGACACUGUCAUGAUUGAAGAUGACAGACUGCCUGUGCUUCCUCCUCACCUCUCUGACCAGUCCUCUUCCAGCUCCCAUGAUGACGUGGGGUUCGUGAUGACAGAGGCCGGCACGUGGGCCAAGGCUGCCAUCAGUGACUCAGCUGACUGCUCUUUGAGUCCAGAUGUUGAUCCAGUUCUUGCUUUUCAACGAGAAGGAUUUGGACGUCAGAGUAUGUCAGAAAAACGCACAAAGCAAUUUUCAGAUGCCAGUCAAUUGGAUUUCGUUAAAACACGAAAAUCAAAAAGCAUGGAUUUAGGUAUAGCUGACGAGACUAAACUCAAUACAGUGGAUGACCAGAAAGCAGGCUCCCCCAGUAGAGAUGUGGGACCUUCCUUGGGUCUGAAGAAGUCCAGCUCCCUAGAGAGUCUGCAGACUGCAGUCGCUGAGGUGACCCUGAAUGGGAACAUUCCUUUCCACCGCCCGAGACCACGCAUCAUCAGAGGAAGGGGCUGCAACGAGAGCUUCCGAGCCGCCAUUGACAAGUCUUAUGAUAAGCCCAUGGUAGAUGAUGACGAUGAAGGCAUGGAGACCUUGGAAGAAGACACAGAAGAAAGUUCAAGGUCAGGGAGGGAGUCUGUGUCCACAGCCAGCGAUCAGCCUUCCUACUCUCUGGAGAGACAGAUGAAUGGGAACCCAGAGAAAGGAGACAAGACAGAUAGAAAAAAGGACAGAACUGGAAAAGAGAAGAAAAAAGAUCGAGAGAAGGAGAAGGAGAAGUUGAAAGCCAAGAAAGGAAUGCUGAAGGGCUUGGGAGACAUGUUCAGGUUUGGCAAACAUCGGAAAGAUGACAAGAUUGAGAAAAUGGGUAGAAUAAAAAUCCAGGAUUCCUUCACGUCGGAAGAGGACAGGAUGCGGAUGAAGCAAGAGCAGGAGAGGAUUCAAGCCAAAACUCGAGAAUUUAGGGAGCGGCAGGCUCGAGAACGGGACUAUGCUGAAAUUCAAGAUUUCCAUCGGACCUUUGGCUGUGAUGACGACUUGCUGUACCGGGGCAUGUCAUCCUAUGAAGGCUGCCUGGCUCUCGGCAACAGACCCCAGAGCCCAAGAGAAGGGCACUUGAUGGACACUUUGUAUGCUCAAGUGAAGAAGCCACGGAGCUCCAAACCCUCCCCUGGGGACAGCAACCGAUCAGCUCCUAGCAACCAUGACCGGAUACAGCGUCUAAGGCAAGAGUUUCAGCAAGCCAAGCAGGACGAGGAUGUGGAAGAUCGGCGGCGUACCUACAGCUUUGAGCAACCUUGGCCCAGCUCACGGCCAGCUGCACAGAGCGGUCGACACUCAGUGUCAGUAGAGGUUCAAGUGCAACGGCAAAGGCAGGAGGAACGAGAGAGCUUCCAGCAGGCUCAGCGCCAGUACAGCUCGCUGCCCAGGCAAAGCAGGAAGAAUGCCAGCUCUGUCUCACAGGACUCCUGGGAACAGAACUAUGCCCCUGGUGAAGGCUUCCAGAGUGCCAAGGAGAACCCCAGGUAUUCCAGCUACCAGGGCUCGAGGAACGGCUACCUGGGCGGGCAUGGCUUCAAUGCCAGGGUCAUGCUGGAGACCCAGGAGCUGCUCCGCCAGGAGCAGAGGCGGAAAGAGCAACAGCUGAAGCCCCCAGCCGACGGGGUCAGGGGGCCCUUCCGGCAAGAUGUGCCUCCAUCCCCCUCGCAGGUGGCCAGGCUGAACAGACUGCAGACACCUGAGAAGGGGCGGCCUUUCUAUUCCUGAGCUCAAACGAGGAUGGCUGUGCAUCAUGUCAUGCAAUAAAGGACAUUUUCCUAUGAAGACUUGUGUUCUGGGAGUUUUUUAAACCCUUGAUGGUACUACAGAACACUUCUGUUGCUCAUAUCAGUGCCUUUAAGCAGCAUGGGCAAAGAAACGGAAGGCCUUAAUAUCUUUGCCACUGCAUCUCAACGUGUCUCGUGGAAGGAUUCCUACUCCUGACAAUCAUGUGUUCGAGGCAUUGCCUGCCAGCCUCUCUGCAGUACCCGGAACUUCACUUCAUCCCUAAGAUGCCCAUGACUUGGUUGACAUUGCUCCACCUCAGAGAGGGAUCCUAAGGCUGGGGGUGUUGCUGACCCCUUUCCCUCUGGGCUUUCAGCUGUGGGGCCACCUCUCAGUCUCUGGUGGUUGAAAGUGAGGGGUAUGCCCCAGGAAUUGGGACUCAACAGGACUUUAUAGCAGGAUUGUUUCCUGUUCUCUAAAUCAUCUGGGUUUCCCUCUUUCUUAAGCUUCUUGGAUCACAGAGAUUCUGCCCUGGUGGUGAAGAAGCGGAGCCAUUUGAAAUGCUGUUUUGUUGGGGGGACUUUCCAACUGCCUUAUAGCCUACCCUUAACAUGAUGAUUCUAGUCCAUUUAUAAAUACAUUUGUUCAGUCUAGCUCCUGAACAAGGGAUGUGGGAGCAGUCUGGAUGUCUGCGGGGGUGGGAACAGAGAGAGUCCCCCAGGAAGAGUGAAGGCCAGUCAUUAUUUUAAUUAAUUUUUUGUUGUGACAGGUUGGCAAGAGAGUUCCACAGAGUGGAACAGGAAAGCUCAGUCAUUUGGGAUUCUAAAAUUUGAUCUCAAUGCAGGUUUUGAGCUUGGCUGGAAUCAGUAUUUGUCUCCCAAACUUACAUGCUGUAACCCUGCCUAGUGAGGUCACUCCUACACUCACAUGCCGUGCCCCUGCCUGGUGAGGUCACAUUACGAAUUCUGCUGUGAAACAUAAAAGACAAAGAAGAGAAGAGCCGUCUUGCAUCUCCCAGAGAACAUUUUGGUGUCCCCAAACAACGCUAACAAAAGUUGGAUUUUGCAUCCAUAUUUUCAUGCAUGCAUGUGUCGUGAGGCCUUCUGAUGAGUUCCCACUGUUCAUCUGUUGGUCUGAAGACCCUGUAUUGUAAACUGUGGCUGGAUUGCUAAAGUGCCUGGGAACCGCGAUGUGAAAAA